AUUUGCAUCCAUUUUUAAAAAUUAGUUUGCUAUUGUAAGAUAGCAUGAAAACAUACCCUCUAUCUUCAAAACGACGAAUAAAAUUAAAAAAGGAUAUAAAGUAAAUUUUUAAUUUGAAAUAAUCAAUUUCAAACAAAAAUAUUAAAAAGUCCUAAAGUGGUUAUAUUUCAAUGGAUGCCUACCGAUUUCUUUAUAUACCUAAUAUAGGUUAAUGCGUCAGAAAUAAAUGCUUCGUUACAAUUCGAGCUCUUUCAUUUUUGUAAUUGGUGAAAUCGUAAACAAUUAAAGAAACAAAAAAUAUAUACAUAUAUAUAUAUAUAUAUAUAUAUAUAUAUAUCUUCGAAAAAUCGUAUAAUUAUAUUUAAAAGAAAUCAAAUCAAUACAUGUAAAUACAAACAUACAAUGAGUUCUGAUAAUGAAGAAUUAAUGUUGACAAACGAAGAAGAUGAUCUUUUUGAUGAAAUAUUAUGCAUGAGUACAAAUAUAAAAACGCAUGCACAAUCGAAGAAGCAUGUCAAAAUAGAGGAUAAAUCGACAAAUAAAAAUAAUUGUACAAAUGAAUCAGAAGCAAAAGAAUUGAAAAUUCACAAUGCGUCGCAAAUUAAAAAAAAUGAUAAUAGCGGAGAAUGUCCCAAAUAUAAAAGUAUCGAACAAUCUGAUAAAUUUGACGACAAUGUACCAUCGAUUCAUUCAAAUGUAAACAAAAGGCCAAGAGAUACAACAUUGGAUACACGAAAUCCUAAAAUAUCAUGCCUUAAACAUCGCGAUGAUUCAAGUUCUACAACUAAUAGUACAAAAAUAUAUCCAGUAGAAAGCAAUAAAAAACGUGUAGAAUAUGAAACCGAUCCUGCAAUACUUGCACGGAGACAAAAAGAAAUAGAUUAUGGAAAAAAUACUAUUGGAUAUGAUAGAUACAUUCAAACCGUUCCUAAAGAGCAACGUACAAGAGAUCAUCCAAGAACUCCUCCAAAAUACAUUAAAUAUAGCAGAAGAGGAUGGGACGGAAUGAUUAAAUUAUGGAGGAAACAGCUUCAUUAUUGGGAUCCUCCGCAAGAAAAUGAAAGUACUGAACAAUGAUAGUUAAAUAAAGUUGGUCAUUUUUAUAAGAAUACAAUAGAAAUAAGGUAUUGAAAUAUAAUUAAAACAGUAUUAUGUUAUGAUAAAUUAUGAAAACUAUAUACAAAAGUGUUCAUAAAUAUUAUCAUUUUAAUUUCACUUCAAGUUUCUUAAGUAUAGCAUCUAGUUUUUGAUUAAUAUUCUGUUCAAUUUCAUUUAAUCUGUGCAUAGUUCUUUUUUCCAUUUCAUGAAAUUUAUUAUUAAUAUAUGUUUCAAUGUUUGUAAUUUCUACAUUUUUACAAUCAUCUUUGCAAUUAAGAUCCACUUUUUUGGUCUCUUCGGUUACAUUUUUAUUAUUAUUUUGUAUUUGUAAAGUAUUGGAAAUGAUAAGGUUUUUUAAAGGUAUAAUUUCAUCAUUUACAGGAUUCUUUUCUUGUUUAAAAGAUUCUAACAUUAUAUUAGCUAAAAUUUCUUUUUGCUGUGUUGAACCAUUUAAGUUAUUCAGAAAAUUUGUUAUUGUAUAAUCAAGUAUCUCUGAUUUAUUUUCUUUAACAGAUUCUGUCAAUAUAAGUUUUAUACCGAAUAUCCAUAACAUGGGUUCUGCAUUUUUUAUUUUCGUAAACUGAAAGACAAAGAAUAAGAAGCUGCAAUUUAGUAAGAAAACAAAGAUUCUUAUAAAAUAAAAUUAUAUAUUACUUUAAUACUGGCCUCAGUACUAGGAUGUUCUAAACUCAUUUCUGCUAAAUAUAUAGUACUUCCUAUAAACUCAUCUAUUUGUUCUGCAAAGACUGUAGUUGCAUAUUCUCCGUAUUGUUUAAAAAAUUCUAAGACGUACGCUUCAGAGAGAAUUAUAAUACGUGAUAUUUUUUGAUUAUUUGUUAAUUUUAUGUCCAAUGUACAUGGUUCUUUCACUUGUUCCGUCGAACGUAAAUAAAUACAUGUAUCCAAAGAAAUUAUAUCAUCUAAAUCUAUACUAUAACACAAAUUUUAAUUAGGCUUCAAUUUAUAUUUUUCUAACUUUCUUUUUCUCAAAAAAUAUAUUUAUUACCUCUCUGGAGCAAGUGAUAACGGUAUUGUUGUAAUAGUAUCUACAUAACAUUUCUUUCCGUCAAUCAUCCAAUUAGAUGAAACUUGUAUGAAGUCUUUUAUUGAAGACGUUGCGGUUAAUAUUUCACAAUUUUCUUCUAUUGUUGCCUCCAUUUCUACUCUAAAUUAUUUAAUAAAUAUGUAGAAUUUUCAUUAUAUUCUUUGUACAAAAAUUAAAACUGUAAAAAUAUAUAUUGGAUUGCAUGUUUAAUUUAAUUUUGUACAAAUAAUAUUAAAUAAUUAAUUAACAUAUAGGACAUUGUAAAAAUGAAAAGUUAUUACGACGCGACGAUGAUAACAACGAAUGAGAUACAUAACCUUUUUUGCACAAUACUACGAUAAUUCUUUUAUGGCUAAAGUUCGUAAUAUUUCCGACAAGAUGGUUUUAAUAUUACGCUCGUAUAUCAAGAUAUUUUCGAUACGAAUGAAGAAGAAUUGUUGCUCAAAAUUAUUUAUCAUCUUUCGAUCAAGGCAUGUGUGACUACAGCGACGUACAUGGACAAAAUAUGAACUAUGAAUACAAUAUGGAGGAAACAAUGUCUUCCAUCAUAUACCUAUAUUGUCAAUAUAUGGUGAUAAAAUACUACUAUUCGUACUGUCUACAUAGAUUAAACUGUCCUGUGAUUCUUCUUCUUCUUCUUCUUCCUUCUCAUAUUCAGAAGGUUCUAGAAAAGAAUUAUUUUCUAAUAAUUUGGUACUAUUAUAAGAUUCAUUUGACAAAUUAGUAUAAGAUCCUUCGUUAUUAAUUUUUUUAUAUUUAAUAUUGAUAAUUUCAGUGGAUGUAAUUCUAGGAAGUGACUUUUGUGUUCGUUCAGCAAACGAAUUUAGGAGGCAUAUGUCAUUUUUAACUUUGUUACUUUUAAUAUCAAAUAAAUCUAUACUAUCACAUGAUA